CCCUUAUUAAUAAAGGGACUAAGAUGAAAAGAAUGAAUGAAUGGAUAAAAUACCGUUUAUAAAUAUGAAACAUCCUGUUACGACAUCCUGAAAAAAAUUUAAUAAAUCAAUGAUUUUUUCUCUUAUGGCUAGUUUUUAUGGCUUUUACCUCUUCAGUUAAUAAUGAGAUUUUUCUUUAGAUGGCUACAUUUGAAGACUAUUGUGUAAUAACCCAGGAGGACCUGGAUGAUAUUAAAGAUUCAAUAUCUACACAGGAUCUCCCAUCAGCUGUAAACACUAUAAAAGAGUAUCUCAAACAGCAAGAUCUCGUUGAACUUAACAUUGGUGUGACUGGAGAGUCUGGUUCUGGAAAGUCCACAUUUGUCAAUGCAUUCAGGGGUUUAGGAGAUGAAGAUGAGGGCUCUGCUGAAACUGGCCCUGUAGAAACCACUAUGGAGCCUGAAGUUUAUAUUCACCCGAAAUACCACAAUGUGAAAGUGUGGGACCUUCCUGGCAUUGGAACACCAAAUUUUAAAGCCGAUGAGUAUCUCGAGUUGGUUGAGUUUGAGCGCUAUGAUUUUUUCAUUAUCAUCGCUUCAGAUAGAUUUAGAGAAUGCCACACUCAGCUGGCCAAAGAGAUCAUGAGGAUGGGGAAGAAGUUUUACUUUGUUCGCUCCAAGAUUGAUGCAAGCAUUACAGCUGAGAAGAAGAAGAAGAACUUUGACCAGAAAAAGACACUGGAUUCCAUCCGCAAGGACUGUAUAAAUGGUCUGAGAAAGAUCGGUAUAGAAGAUCCCAUUGUAUUCCUGAUCUCAGGCUGGGAGCUCAGCAAGUAUGAUUUAAAUCUGCUGCAGGAUAGAAUGGAGAAAGAGCUUCCACAGCAUAAGAGACGUGUACUGAUGUUGGCUUUGCCAAAUAUCACACUGGAGAUUAAUGAGAAGAAGAAGAAAGCUCUUGAGGAAAACAUCAGAAAAGUUGCCUUUCUGUCUGCUUGUGUUGCUCUUUUCCCCCUUCCUGGUCUUUCCAUCAGUGCAGAUAUAGCCAUCAUAGCAGAAGAGCUGAGAAAGUACUACAGUGCAUUUGGUCUGGAUGAUCCAUCCCUGCAGAAACUCUGUGAACGAUCAGGGAAAACCGUAGAGGAACUGAAGAGUCUGAUGAAGUCUCCUCUGCAUCACGGGAUCAACCCAAGUUCAAUAUUAACCUUGCUGGGCGCUGCCUCUGUUCUUAUAUCAGAAGAUGCUGUUGAGUUACUUGUGAGCUUCAUACCCAUUAUUGGCUCUGUGGUGGCAGGAGGACUUUCUUAUUUGACCGUCUCAGGAAUGCUGAAGAAAGCUCUGAAUGAAAUAGCAGAAGAUGCUAGGAAUGUUUUAAUGGCUUCACUAGAGACUGAAGUAUAAAUUAGGAAGUUGGCAGUUGGCUGAUUUUGUGGUAUUCAGUCUAAUUUUUAACACAGAAUUUCUGUUAAAUUUGAAGAGCAAUAAAAACAAGCAUUAUAUGUAAUGAUGUAACUGCUGUUUUUAAAGAUUUGAUUGAAGGGUAUUACAGUAAUUAUUAGAAUUGUUAAGUUUAGCAAACUGUUUAUAUUGUACAUUUUGCAGCUUUCAGAUCCAAAUGAAAUGAAUUUGCUUUAAAUAUUGUAAAAAAUGUGCGCUUUUAAAUUUUUAAAAGAAAUAUAUUGCAAUCAUUUUAUAUAGGUAGUACAAUAUUGCUAAAAUUUUAUUUAGGCAGUACAAUAUUGUAGAAGUUAAUACAAAUUAAUACAAUACAAGUUAAUAAAAUACAAAGAAGUUAAAUCUAUCUGGAUAUGUCCAUAGACUUGAAGAACGAUCCCCUUCAGUGUCUAAAAAAAGUUUAAAAAACAGAAAUCAAAAAUACAGUAAAUUUCCUCUAAGUAGGCUAUCAAAUUGCAGUGCUGCACUUGAUGACUAAAUUCUUCAUGAUUUUAGCAUUUUUGACAAUUUAUUUACAGUAACUUUGCCUGUUUUGUAUUUGUUAAGUCAUUUGAAUAAUAAACUUAAAUAUCAUGA